CACACACACACUGCGAGGGGGAUAUAAGCAGCAGCAGCAGCAGCGUUCUGGACGGAGCAGCAGCCGACCGACUCCAGCCGCCAGCAGCUGUUUCUCCACUUUGAGCAGAGUUCUGCAAGGAAUCCGCCCAUCAUGUCCGGUCAGAGUACCCCCGUGGCCCCCUCCGCUCCUCCCCCUCCCCCCGCCGGACGUCCCCCAAAGGUGACCAACCGAGGACGCACCACAGUGCCCGUCGACAGCUCCAACUCCGAGACUUCAGACUUCCCCGAGGUCGAAUACUUCGGUUUGCCGGGACCGAGAGGAUUUCCACCUCUGACCGGGUUUCUGGACAUUUCGGGCGUGGACAUGGUGAAGAAUCCUGAUGAGAAAAACAAGGUGGAGCACCACACCGCAUUGUUCCAGUCCGACAAGCUCAUCGUCCGUCGGGGUCAAGAGUUCCAGGUCAAGAUCACCUUCAACCGUGCUUACAAGCCGGCGGAAGACAAAUUCGCUGUGGAGUUUGUUAUUGGUUCCAGCCCUCAGUACAGCAAAGGCACCUACAUCCCAGUCUUCCCCACCAAGGAGCGCCAGAGCUCCUGGGAAGGCCGCAUCGUCAACACCGCGGACAACACCAUCACCAUGGGCAUCACCCCGAAGGUUGACUGCGUCGUGGGGAAGUACCACAUGUACGUCGCUGUGCUGACACCCUUUGGAGUUCGCAGGACCGUACGGGAUGACAGCCGAGACCUCUACAUCCUGUUCAAUCCCUGGGUGAAAGAUGAUUCCGUGUUUCUGGAUGAUGAACAAGAGAGGGAAGAAUGUGUGAUGAACGAGGUUGGGAUCAUCUAUCACGGUGCCUACGACGACAUCGCUGAGAGAGACUGGAACUAUGGACAGUUCAACUAUGGAGUGCUGGAUGCCUGUCUGUACAUCAUGGACCGGUCUGAGAUGCCCAUCACCAACAGAGGAGACCCUAUCAAGGUGACCAGAAAGGCCUCUGCCAUGCUGAACUCUCGGGAUGACGAAGGCGUGCUGGUGGGAAACUGGAGCGGCGACUACACCUACGGAGUUUCGCCCACCUCCUGGACCGGCAGCACGGAAAUCCUGCUCACCUACGCCAGCAGCAAGAUGCCCGUCUGCUACGCCCAGUGUUGGGUCUACGCUGCUGUCUUCAACACCUUCCUACGCUGUCUGGGCAUCCCGUCUCGGGUCAUCACCAACUACUUCUCCGCUCACGACAACGAUGGAAACCUGAAGAUGGACAUCAUUCUGGAUGAUAACGGCAGGAUCGACCGCAACCGCACCAGGGACUCCAUCUGGAACUAUCACUGCUGGAACGAGUGCUUCAUGUCCAGACCGGACCUCCCUCCUGGUUUCGGGGGUUGGCAGAUCGUGGAUGCAACACCACAGGAGACCAGCGAUGGAAUGUACCGAUGUGGUCCUGCAUCCGUCAAUGCCAUCAAACACGGGCAUAUUUGCUUCCCAUUCGAUGCAGCCUUUGUGUUUGCUGAAGUUAACAGCGACGUGGUGUUUUAUUCCCGGAGCAAAGACGGAACAAUGGAGCCAGUCAAAGUGAACCGCACUCAUGUGGGCCGCUUGGUUUUGACCAAAACGCCGGGAGCGAUGACCCGACGCGACAUCACCGAUCAAUACAAGUUCCCCGAAGGCACCACGGAGGAGCGGACCGUCCUGGAAAAGGCCGAGGAGUACGGCUGCCACCGGGACAAGUCCAACCCUGAGGUGGCUGACGUGGACCUGACCCUGCCCACCCUGGAGAUCAGCGUGGGCGACGACUUCGAGAUGAACCUGGAGUUUGUGAACCGCAGCGACGAACGUCGCACGGUGGACAUGUACAUCAGCGGCACCGUGGUGUAUUACACCGGAGUCACCACCUCUGAGUUCCUCUUCAGGGACCCCACCGUCGAAAUCGGCCCCAACAAAACUGUGAACGAGCUGAUAACAGUGGAGUCAAAGAGGUACCUGAAGUACUUGGUGGAGCAGGCCAACCUUCACUUCAUAGCCACCGGGAAGAUCAGGGAGACCGGCCAGAUCGUCACCGCAAUGAAAGUCGUUGCGCUGCGCAAUCCCAAACUCAUGGUCGAGGUGUCUGCUACAGGCAAAGUGAAUGAAGAGAUGGUGGCCAAAGUUCAGUUUACAAACCCCUUCAGCUUCAGCCUGGAGAACGUCUACGUCCGCAUGGAGGGGCCGGGCCUCAUGGCGCCCAAAUUCAAAUAUUAUGGUGUGAUCCUUGGAGGCCUGUCUCUGACCUGGUCGGAGUUCUUCGUCCCGCAGAGGCCCGGUGAAACCCGGGUGAUCGCCACGCUGGACUGUGCCGCCCUCCGGCAGGUCUCUGGCCAGGCGACCGUCACCAUCACGGCCUGAGCAGCACCGCAGGACCGCCGACUCCAUCCAGACGCAGUUAUUUUAAGGCUAAUGCACCAGUCUGUAAUGUAGUUGAAACCUUUAGCGGUGGAACAAGUAUAGCUUUAGCAUCUAGCUAGCAAAAGCUGGAGUUUUGAAUUCCUUCAUGUUCUUCUUGAGAUAACUCAGACGUUAUGUUAAUGGAUACAAAACCAAUCAGAAGGAAGAACACAUAAAUUGACAGUCAUUUUCAAAAUGUUGUCAUCUAAAAGCAAAACUUUUCCGAGACAAAAACGCUGUCGUGUCCCAUAAUGCUUUGCAUUGUGAUACCAUCCUGUGACAUUAUCUUACUUAUAGCUUCACCUGGAAGCCCACCAGUACUGGAGAUGAAUUUGAUAGUUCAACUAAUGAAGCUUGUUGCGUUGUCUUCUGAAUCGACUGAAUCAAUUUGCCUUUCUAUCACCAUUUAUCAUUACAAUCAUGUCCAUUUAAACAACAGCUACUGACUUAUGAUCAAGAAAAGCCACACACUGAUACAGUUCAUCAACGAGACAGACAGAUACACAUAUUCCCUCCAGACUGGGCAGGCAGACUAAAAUGUCCGUUUGAGCUGCAUUGGAUUGUGACUUUUUUGUGGAUGUAAGUGACACAUUUUGUGAUUUUGACAUAAAAGUAUGAAAUAUUUGAUCAUUCUCCAACUUUGGCAUGUUGAAGUGUUUCAUUCUCUGCAAAAUCAGGUCAAUCUCGCUGUGCUCCUUCCAACUUUUUUGAUUUUAUGUUUGGAGAGAAAUAAAUGCAUUUACCAGCCAAAUAAAUAAUUACUGACUACA